UUUCCGUCGGGCUGUACGGCAAACUCCAUUUCCUGCCAUAUAAAUCUGAGCAGUGCGCAUGCUCCCUCCUUUCCGGCUCCGGUUCCACAGCAAGCUGCAGAGAUGUUGAUGCCCAAGAAGAACCGCAUUGCUAUCUAUGAGCUCCUCUUCAAGGAGGGCGUCAUGGUGGCAAAGAAGGAUGUGCACUUGGCCAAGCACCCCGAGCUGGCAGACAAGAACGUGCCCAACCUGCACGUAAUGAAGGCCAUGCAGUCUCUGAAAUCCACCGGCUACGUCAAGGAGCAGUUUGCCUGGCGCCACUUUUACUGGUACCUGACCAAUGAGGGCAUCCAGUACCUGCGUGACUUCCUGCACCUGCCCCCUGAAAUCGUGCCCGCUACCCUCCGGCGCCAGACUCGCCCUGAGACAGCCAGGCCCAGGCCUAAAGGUCUGGAGGGAGAGCGCCCAGCUCGUCUGGCCCGUGGAGAGGCAGACAGAGACACAUACAGACGCUCUGCAGCUCCACCUGGUGCUGAUAAGAAGGCAGAGGCUGGUGCUGGAGCAGCAACCGAAUUCCAGUUCAGAGGCGGGUUUGGACGUGGCCGUGGACAGCCGCCUCAGUAAAUUCUCUCUCGCAUUCUGUACAAUAAAGUUUGAAUAAAAAACA